AUGCAAAAAUCAAAAGACAAGGCAAAGACGGCCAAUCAGAAAUUCUACUUGACAGACUAUGAAUAUCAGAAGAACGUGAAUCUGAGCAUUCAAUAUAAUCGUUGGUUGUUAAAACCAAUGGGUCUUUGGCCGAAUUCAUAUUAUACAUCACGAUCGAAAGAUUAUCUGUAUUGGCUUAUAAAUAUCGUCUGUUACUGUUUAAUCAGUUUCCUCUUCAUCCCUUGCACGCUAUAUCUGUUCCUUGAAAUUGAAGAUUUUUACGGCAAACUGAAACAAUUCGGUCCUUUGAUCUUCUGCAUGAUGGCAUUCGUAAAAUAUUAUUAUCUAAUUUUCCACAAAACCGAUAUUCGCGAAUGCGUGGAAAGGAUCAAGUGGGAUUGGAGGAACAUCACGUACGCGAAAGAUAAAGAGAUCAUGAUAAUGUACGCGAAUUUUGGACGAAAACUGGUGGUCAUUUGCACCUUUUUCAUGUACAGUGGAUUUGUCUUUUAUUACAUCGCUAUACCGAUCAGCGUUGGCAGAGUCAAAACAGAUAAUCUCACCUUCAUCCCUUUGGUGUUCCCUUUCUCGAGAUUCAUCGUCGAUACUCGUUACAGUCCGACCAACGAAAUUGUAUUUUCCAUCCAAUUGAUGGCCGGUGCUCUUAUGCAUGGAAUCACAUCGGCUGCUUGCAGUUUAGUGGCUACAUUUGCGGUUCACGCUUGUGGCCAGAUGCAGGUGUUGAUGAACUGGUUGCAACAUUUGAUAGACGGCCGAUUGGACAUGGACGAGCGCUUGGAUGGUAGAAUCGCGGACGUCAUAUGCCAACAUGUUCGAGUCCUAAAAUUUUUGGCACUUACCGAAAAAACUUUACAGCAAAUUUCUUUCACCGAAUUUUUGGGUUGUACGCUAGAUAUAUGUCUCGUUGGAUAUUAUGUUAUUAUGGAAUCGAAAUCAAAUGAUGUCACGAGCGUAAUAACUUACGUAAUUUUACUUAUAUCACUUACGUUCAAUAUUUUUAUAUUUUGUUAUAUAGGCGAGAUCGUUGCUGAAGAGUGUAGGAAAAUUGGUGAAAUAUCGUACAUGAUUGAAUGGUACCGAUUGAUGGGAAACAAAAAGCUUUUUUGCAUUUUAAUCAUCGCAAUGUCUAAUUCCUCGAUAAAAUUGACAGCUGGAAAUAUCGUGAAUUUAUCUAUCAGCACGUUUACCGAUGUGGUUAAGACAGCAGUUACUUAUUUAAACGUACUUCAAAAAACAACUUGA